GCUUGAGCCAGUUCAGCGAAGGCAGGAGCCGGUGGGUAAAAACGGGAGAGAGAGAUAAGUCUCGAAACAUAAGCCGAAAAAAUUACGGGGCUCGGCACGGUGUUAUCCUGAGAAAUAAACGUUAAAAAAAACUCUUUGCUUUUACCAGCAAAAACUGCUAAAGCUGCCUGGCGCAGAGCGAGACAACCGGCAGCGGUUGGAGCGGAAUGGUAGCCUAGUUGGUGCGGCCAGUGUGACGUCAGAGCCGCCGGUGCUGUUCUCAGAAUAGACUUCUAGGAAACGGUAAUUUUUAAAAGCCAAGCCUUUACACUCUGUCCUUCGCACAUUUGGAUCCCAUUCUGGUGACAACACACUCCAACCCGCUGCUACGGAGAAUGUUAUGUUAAAUUCCGUUUUUAGCCUACAUUUUCAACUGAUUGUUUAAAUCCAGUGUUCAUAAACUACAGGACCAGAGCCUUCCUGGGUACACGGAGCUCUUUUAUAGUCAUAUCUUACCAAUGUUAAAGCUUAUUUUCUCGUCUUUUUUUUUUUUUUUAAAGACAGCUCAGUUUCUAUAUGCUUUCGUUAUUUUCUGAAGAAGAAAUAGCCUACUGAUCGGAUCUUAGUCCUGAGGAUUCAAGUAAUAACAUGAUUCUUUGUUUACCAGGUGCCAGAGCUCCUCUGCCCGCAGCUCCAUCCACUGAAGCCCCACGGGGCAUGCGGGCAGGAACUGUACCUCCUACUCCUUGCCUUCAAAGCACCCCUCCGCUAUGGGACCCUACAAAGGACCUGCGGGCGAUUGCCAGCAACUUCUGCUAUCUGGAAAAUUCAGAAUGGUACUGGGGAGCUGUAACUGCAGCUCAGGCCCAUGCUGCACUUCAAGAGGCAUCUGAAGGAGCUUUUUUGGUACGAGACAGCAGCCACCCUCUGUACAUGCUGACCCUCUCGGUCAGGACUGCACGUGGCCCCACCAGUAUACGGAUCCAGUACAACGGCGCACAGUUUUUGCUUGACUCCAGCUCCCCAGCCCGGCCCAGCCUGUCGUCAUUCCCCAACGUGCCCAGCCUGGUGCAGCACUACAUGGGACCAGAGAGGAAAGCAGAGGAGGGUAAGGUGGUGGAGGAGGCCCCUUCAAAACCCUCUCAGCAGACAAUUCAGGAGACAUCUGUGGUGUUAAAACUAAAGCGGCCUGUGUACAAGCCCCAGGGUCUCCCCUCCUUACAGCACCUCACACGCCUGGUCAUUAACAGGCACUCUGACUGCCCCGACCAGCUACCACUCCCGAGGCCUCUGCUGCGUUACAUACAGAACUAUCCCUUCAAGGUGUGAGGGGUCUCUCAAGUCCAUCAUUAUGACUUAAAGGAAAAAAACUGUCAAACAGGUCCUUUGUGCCUGUAAAUGACAUGGCUGCUCCAGCAGUUGGAGGCCAGUCACAAGCAUGCUGACGAAAAAUGUACAAAUUCAGUUAAUACUGAUGUGCCUGGUUUCAGACUUACUUUGUCGAGGCCUGGGUGGUGAAGAAAAAGACGACUUGUGAGCAACCAUCAGUACUGUAAUCACUUAUUUCCCGACGGAUGUGGAAAUUGUCGAUGUCUGUUUUAACCUCAUCAGUUCUGGAUGUACAUACUGUUCCUAAGAAGUACACUGAUUCCAUUGAGACAUCUUUUGCGCCUUUUUAUUUUUCUCAGUAAAACAUUUUUUCUACCUUUUACAUAUGUACAUUUUUCUAUUAAAAUAACCAAUUAGAGUUUCA